UGCAUAUUGGGUUCUGUGGCAGAACCUUCACCAUUGUGAUGUCGAUUGUACAUUCCGUUCGCUGUGAGCUUCAGGUUCAGCUGCAGAAUCUCUCUCAUUCUGUAUCUGACUUCUCAGCUAUACACACCCUCUGAAAAGACUUACUCGUUCACUACGUUCCACAAACCCGUUGACCGUUUUUUUCUCGUUUCAACCUUGACUUCUCUUCAAUAUGGACACCCGGUUCAUUUUCGAGCAAGUCCAACGAAUGAGACCGUCCUCUUUCUCGGAGGAAGAGCAGCACUGCUACAAAGCUGAAAAAAUGAUGCUGAGGCAGUUUCUGCUCAUGAAGCAGCAGGAGCAACUUCCUGAUUAUUUAUCUGUCAGAGACAUGAAGACAUGGCUGCUGACAGGAAGAAGCUUCCUGGAAGAGUUUCAGGAAAUAAUUGAGAGGACAGGGAUUGAUCAUCUGUUCAUGGCUGAACUGGCUUGGACCACAGCUAGACUCUUCUGUCUCAGUCAGAUGGAAGAAGAGCUCCUGGAAGAGCUGGACAAAGAAAGGUGUCUUUCCCAGCUGUUCAGCAGGAAGGUCACACUGGAAGGCCUUCAGAUGUUGGUCUCGAUUGUCCACCCAAAAGCAGCCAAACUGCUGACUAACUCAGCAUUUCCAUACCUCUCUCGGUUAGGAAGCGUUUCUGAAACUCUUCUGCUCUGUGUCUGCACCAAGGACGCCCAGUCCAUGGUCGAAGCCAUCUAUAACAGGUUUGACAAGUGCUCCAGGUCCUUCAAGCUGAUGGACUAUGAUGAAAGCUAUUACAAUUCUAGAGAGGGCGUCAUCUCUGCCAUCCAGGAUAUGGACCAUGAAGUGCAGACUGAUGCACCCAGCCAGGCUCAUUUUCAACUGGAAGAGGGACUGGUUGAGGAGAGGGAGGCUUCUCCAUGGGUUGCUCUGGAUCAAGAGGUAGACUUUAUGUCAAAAGAUGUUACAGAGGACACGUACAGAAAAGAGGCAACCCUGGUUCAAGAUUCUGUCGUCCAGAAUAUGGACAAUGACGAGCAGACGGCUGCAUCCAGCCAGGCUCACCUUCAUAUGAAAGAGGAACUUCUGGAGAAGAGGGAGACUUCUCUGGACCUCUCUCCUUUGGAGGAGCUGGAAGAGGGACUAGUGGAUAAGAGGGAGGCUUCUCCACGAGUCGCUCUGGAGGAAGAGGUGGACACUUUCCCAAAUGAUGUGACUGAGGACACAUACGGAAAAGAGGAAACCUUGGUUCAGGACACUGCCAUUGAGGAUAUGGACCAUGAAGUGCAGUUUGGUGCAUCCAGCGAGCCUCGCAUUAAACUGGAAGAGGGACUCAUAGCAGAGAGGGAGGCGUCUCUAUAUUUCACUUCCUUGGAGGAGCUGGAAAACGGACUCGUGGAGCAGAUUGUGGCUUCCACACGAGUCGCUCUGGAUGAAGAGGUGGACACUUUGCCACAUGAUGUUAAAAACAUGAACCAUGUAGAGCAACUGGAUGCAUCCAGCCAGGCUCCCCUUCAGCUGGAAGAGGGACUCCUAGAGGAGAGGGAAACUUCUCCACAAGUCUCUCUGGAUGGAGAGGUGGACUCUGUUUCAAAUGAUGUUACAGAGGAAACCCUGGUUCAAGACUCUGCCAUCCAGGAUAUGGACCGUGAAUUGUAUUUUGGUGCAUCCAGGCAGGCUCAUCUUCAACUAGAUGAAGGACUUCUUGAGGAAAGAGAGGCUUGUUUUGAGAUCACUUCCUCGGAGGAGCUGGACAUGGGAAUCACGGAAGUGAGUAAAGUGUCUGCACAAGUCUCUCUGGAUGAAGAGGUUGACACUUUGCCAAAAGAUGUGAUUGACGACACGUACAGAAAAAAGGAAACCCUGGUUCAGGUCUCUGUCCAUUAUAUGGACCACAAAGUGCAGUUUCAUGCAUCCAGCCAGGCUGACAUUCAACUGGAAGAGGGACCUCUGGAGAGGAGGAAGGCUUCGCCACGAGUGUCUCUUGAGGAAAUGGCCACCAGGGUAAGCCUAGCAAAUAGGGACACUUCUUCAGUCAAACUGGAGAGCAAUGGUGCAGUGUACAUGGUUGAUGAGCUGGAAAUACUGCAGCAGGAGGAAGUGGAGACACAUGACUUCCUGGUUCAGGACUGUGCUGAUAAGAAGAAGAAGAAGAAGAAGAAAAAAGGAUUGCGUGCCUUUUUCUGUGGUUUACGGAAGAUGAUGACAUGUGGCUUUUGUGUUCCCAUCAAGCAAUAAAUCCCAGCACUCCCUCUGCAAUAAUGUUGUUAAAUAUAUUUAAUAAAAACUAUAAAUUUUAA